CUACACGGUUUAUUUAUCAAUUUAAAAACAGAGCCACAAAUUAACCUGGAGGCCUUUUAUUCUCGGUAUUCGAUGACAGCCGGAGUGCAACUUGCCAAACACAUGUUGUACCUGACGGUGAUCUAGAUGGUGCUGCCAGAUCAACCUCGUCUUGACGUCUCAGCCUGCCUCCGCCUUCGAUGAUGAUCGCACCCGACAACUUCAAUCAAUCUAGACAUCACCAUGGAUCCAUCAGUCCAGCGAUUACUGACCGACAAGCUUUAUGACAAACGAAAGCAAGGUGCUUUAGAGCUCGAGCGUUUUGUGAGAGAAGCCAUCGCUGCUAAAGAGCACGAAAAGAUUCGAAAAACCCUCGAACAACUAUGCCAUGAUUAUGCCUAUGCUGUCCAUCUGCCACAUGCCCGAAAUGGAGGAUUAAUCGGGCUGGCCGCCGCCUCGAUUGCUUUGGGCUCGGAUGAAGUGGCCCGCUACCUACAAAUGAUAGUACCACCUGUUCUAGCGUGCUUCACCGAUCAAGAUGCUCGUGUACGUUAUUAUGCCUGCGAGGCUAUGUACAACAUUGCCAAAGUGGCAAAGGGCGAGAUUCUAGUAUUCUUCAACGACAUAUUCGACGCUCUGUGCAAGCUUGCGGCCGACUCUGAACUUUCAGUCAAGAACGGUGCUGAACUUUUGGAUCGCCUCAUCAAGGACAUCGUCUCCGAAUCGGCCGCCUCCUAUGUCUCAGUGCUGAACUUUCAGGACGAAGAUGGAGAGAACACAGGCUCUGACAAAGAGAGCGCCGAGUAUCCUACCACGUUUUCACUUGCCAAGUUCAUCCCACUGCUCGAAGAAAGGAUCCACGUCCUCAACCCCUUUACCCGCACGUUCCUGGUAUCAUGGCUUACGCUUCUUGACACAAUCCCAGACUUGGAGCUUGUACAUUACUUGCCAGCUUUCCUCGGAGGCCUAUUCAAAUUCCUUGGUGAUCCGAACCGUGAUGUCUAUGUAGCCACACAAGGAUUGCUUGAGAGAUUCCUGAGUGAGAUCAAGAAGAUUGCCAAAAUCAAACGGGGCAUUGCCGAAAGUCGCAAAAGCCGAGCCAGCAACGUGAGGCCAAAGUCGGAGAGUCAGGACGGUAGUGCCACAGGCGCUGGUAGUGCAUCAAACGACAAUGCCAUCGAGGAUUCGGAAUCCGGCACGGCUCAAGAUGGGCCAGAAGAUGCGGGUGAUGCUGAUGGUGACUGGAUCCCAGGACAGGAUGUUCAGGUGGACCACGCUGCCAUCCUUGACAUUCUCUUGAAAUUUGUGGAUGUAUCAUCGAGCAAAGAGGGUGCGACGAGUUUACGGCUUGAAGGACUGUCGAAACAGAAAGAGGAAGAAAUUGGAAUUGUCGCAUUACGGUGGAUCGACAGUUUCUUUGAGAUCAGCCCAGAGGAAAUCUUGCCAUUUGUCCCGCGCCUUCUGUCUCGCGUCCUACCAGCUUUAUCGUCGCAGUCAGAACAAGUCCGAACAACAGCCAGCAAAGUCAACAGGUCCCUGAUGGAUUAUAUUGUGAGCCUUCAGGAUGAGGGGCUGGCUGAAGAUGGUAGCAGCCAAGCGCAGAGCAAUUUUGCUCUGCUCAGCACACGGGACGGGGAUGCCAACGAGAAAAGACACUCAGGAGCGACGUCGAAGACCACACUGCCGCUAUCUACGAAGGAGAAUGAGACCUUCCCCGAAGCUCCUACUGAAACCGACCAGUCACCUCCAGAAGUCACACCGAGGUCAAGUGCAGCGCCUUCGCCACAACCUCCAGCCGAUAUGGACUAUGCCGCAGCAGUCAACGCCUUGACCUUGCAAUUCCUCAAUGAGAACGAGGAGACAAGAGUAGCUGCAUUGAACUGGCUAAUCAUGCUGCACAGAAAGGCGCCGAAGAAAGUGCUUGCGUUCAACGACGGCACGUUUCCGGCACUCCUAAAGACACUCUCCGACCCAGCGGAAGCGGUCGUCACGCGCGACUUGCAACUCCUGUCGCAAAUCUCGAAGAACAGCGAAGACGGCUAUUUCACAUCAUUCAUGGUCGCUUUGCUGCAAUUGUUUUCCACCGACCGCAAACUCCUCGAAAUCAGAGGCAAUUUGAUUAUUCGUCAACUCUGUAUCAACCUCCAACCAGAGCGGAUCUACAGGACACUAGCAGACUGCAUUGAAAAAGACGAAGACAUUGAAUUCGCCAGCAUCAUGGUCCAAAACCUGAACAACAAUCUCAUAACCGCACCGGAACUGGCCGAGCUGAGAAAGCGACUGAGAAAUCUUGAGAGCAAAGACGGUCAGAUGUUUUUCGUUGCCUUGUUCCGCGCAUGGUGCUACAACGCCGUGGCCACGUUCUCGUUAUGCUUGCUUGCGCAGGCAUACGAGCAGGCGUAUAAUCUUUUGCAUAUCUUCGCGGACCUCGAGAUGACCGUCAACAUGCUCAUUCAGAUCGACAAGCUCGUACAAUUACUCGAGAGUCCGGUAUUUACUUAUUUGCGCCUCCAACUUCUCGAGCCGGACAGGUAUCCAUACCUGUACAAAUGUCUGUAUGGCUUGUUAAUGCUGCUCCCGCAGUCCUCGGCCUUCGGUGCGUUGAAGAAUCGUCUCAACAGCGUCUCGGCAAUAGGAUUGCUGCAUACACCAGCCUCGAUGCCAACGUCCACGAGACCAUCGGUUGUGUCCGGUAUGGCAUCAUCAGCAAUCCCCGCUGCGUCCGGGGGAACAGUGACAGGCCGACUGAAUCGGGCCCGCGAAUCGGCGAAUGAAGUCAAAUGGCCGGAAUUGCUUGACAAGUUCAAGCAAACACAAGAGCGGGCCCGGCGCCGGAAUGAGCGGCUGCUUCGUGGUGCGGACGCCGACACGCCGUUGAACGGCGGACCAACGCGAGGUCUUCUUGACGGCGCAGAGGCGGGGAGAACAAGCCGUGCUAGCGCAAGGGACGAAGCCGAAGGGAAAGGCCGCAAUGGAACCAGACCAUUGAGUAUGCUUGGUCCGAGUGGUGGGCCGGGUGGCCUUGUGAAAGCAGGAAGCGGGCUGAGUCUGAGUACGGGUGGAGGGCAGAGUGCGACUGGUGGUGAUAGGCCUGCGCCGCAUAAGCGUGGGCAUAGCCUUGCCGGGGGUCUGGGGAAGUUUGUGUCCCGGGCAGGUGCAAGUCGAGAUCGAGACAAGGGGAAGAAGUAGAACGAUACCCUGAGAAAGGGGGGUGGAGGAUCGGGCUCGGCGUAUUGGUUGAAUGCGGUUGGGCAGUGAGGUGGGAGCUAGGGGAGUCGUCGUUGCUAAAGAGUGGUUUUGUACGCCUUUAGCGUAUUGUGAUGGACCCGGUGACUUGCUCUCGUUCCGUAAUAUGUUUUAUAUGUACAGGAGGACCAACAGUACACGGAGAGGGCGAGGCUAUGGCAGCCGGUAAGGUGCAUGGGUUCGAACUUUAGGAUGGGAUUGCUUCCAGAAGGAGUCUGCUGCAUUGGUACAAAGUAGCAUGAGUAGGAACAGGAAGUAUGAGGAAAAGAUAGCAGUAUGCUGUAU